AUGCCCAUUCUCAGAUCACCAAUUUCGGCAGUCACCUAUCUCACGAAUUUGCAGUUCGAUCUAACUAAAUUCUGGGAGAUCGAAGAAGGACCGACGAAACCUCAUUUUUCGUCAGAGGAAAUUGCUUGCGAGAAGCAUUUCCAGAAACACGCGACGCGAAAUACCGACGGCCGUUACGUAGUCGCCCUGCCUUUCCGAGAGGAACAUAUAAAUCUCGGAGAAUCACGCGCAAGGGCUUUAACACGAUUGAACGCGUUGAAUCGAAAAUUCAUCAACAAUUCGGCAUUACGCGAACAAUACGCCGCAGUCAUCGACGAAUAUAAAUCGCUCAGGCACAUGGCCGUUUCAGAUCCCGUGCAGGAAAACGGAUUUUAUCUACCGCAUCACGCCGUGGUUAAGGAGAGCAGUACAACGACCAAGUUGCGCGUUGUCUUCGACGGCUCGGCCAAAUCCAGCACCGGAAUAUUUUUAAACGAAACUUUAAUGGUCGGUCCGACAAUCCAACAGGAUAUAUUCACUUUAACUACUCGAUUCCGCACGCAUAACUUUGUCCUAACCGGGGAUAUAGACAAAAUGUACCGGCAGUUUUUAGUACAGGAAUCAGACAGAAUGUUUCAGCGAAUCCUGUGGACAGAUUCCAACGGUGUCGUUAAGACAUAUGGGCUUAACACCCUCAUAUUCGGGUUAGCAUCUGCUCCCUUCCUCGCCAUCCAUUGGAUACACCAAUUAACAGAUGAUGAGAAACACCGUUAUCCCACGGCAGCCAAAAUCCUGCAGAGAGAUCUAUACUUAGACGAUCUACUCACAGGUGCCGACACAAUCGAGGAUGCCUUGGAAAUUCGAAACGAGGUCAUCGAGAUGCUGCGUUUGGAAAAAUUGAAUCUGCGACAGUGGGCUUCCCCGAUCCACGCCUGCUUCAAGGUCUCCCGGAAACCAGCGUACAUUUGA